UUAGCCUUUGGACUAUUCAAGUUUGAAAUUUGAAUGUUACUUGUAAUGUGAAAUUUAAAGCCGCAUUGAUUUCAUCCUGGUGUGAACUCUCUCCGAACGAUUAAAUGUGAUCAUGAUUCCCAAUGCCAUGUUUUGUAACCAACUGUUUUUAAUUAAGAUUCAUGUGGUCAUGUGACCAAACUCAUGUGUAUUUUAACCUGCAUUAUUGAGUGUAUGUCUAUCUACGACUAAGCACCUGAGGGUGCGAAACGCGUCAGAUUGUGUCCUGCCUAAGCGUGUGAAUAAAGCCAUUGACAAGUUUUACCUGCAUUUUCUCGAGUGCCGGACGUUUUCUUUUCUGUGAGAGUUCUACUAAGCCGGGAGCGGUACCGGUGUCCGCAGCACGAGAUAGCGCAGCAAACACGAGAGUGGUGAGCAGCCUGACCCUAUCUGCAUCAAACAGUUCCCGCAUUGGAGUGCUCCCACCGCGUGGAUUAACAUGGCUGAAUCUAAUUUGGAAACGCCAAGGCUAGGACUGGGGGAACCUGUAACCGCUGAUGUGAGUAAUAUGGACAAAUAUGGUCCGAGCAGAGAUGCGAAAGCUCAAACAGUGUUUAAUGAUUUUGUUACAACCACGGUUAACGUGGUUCCCCCUGACAUGCUUGCUAUCACAAGACAGUUGGAGAAUCUCAUGAUUAAAGAGACGAAGACCUGGUGGGAUAACAAAACUCUCACUACAUAUUUAGAAAAGAACAUUGUUCCAAGGGGUCUCAGACUGAAAAAAAGACCCAUAAAAACAUACUCACAGGGGUUCAUUACCAAAUGGGACUCCGCAUUGCUGGAAUGUUCAGCCAAACUUAUGACAUAUAUUGUGGAGGAGGAAUCCCUGGAAUUAGCCAGUAUGCAGCAAGAAAUGGAGGGCCUUAGGACCCAGCUGGCUAUGUACAAAGAGCACAAGGAUUUUGCCAGCGUGGAACAAGCAGCAUUGGAGAAACUAGACAGUGUGGAAAACUCCAUAAUGGACAUUAAAAAAAGUAAAUUCCAAAGAGAUAUUCUGGACUACAACAAAGAUCAAGUGUUCUCGUGGCAUCUUAAUAAAGGGGACAAUCCAGACACACCGCGUUCUAUUUUACGCACACCACGAUCCAGAUCCAAACGCAGAAAUCAUCCAAGGUCCCGAUCUGCAAGGAAAGUGAGCUUUUCAGACCCUGAAAGUUCCCAAGAGGAAAACACAGGUGCACAAUACUCAUCAGCACAGCAACAGAAAAAGAAACUAACAUCGAUCGCCGCACCAUCCAAAGAACUUGGAGCUGUUCCAAAAAACCGUCUGGGCCAGACCGACAGCUUAAAGGGUCAAAAACAAGGAGAGCUGGACGCAAACAUAGAAGAAAGAAGAUAUCCCCUGCGCUCGCUACUGGUUCCGAGAUAAAUCCGGUAAUGAACUUAUCUGCAUGCAUCUUAUCUGCUGACCAAAUUACUGUACUUGGUAAAGGACUGAAUUUUGUGCCGACAAUGCCGGACGUUUUCUUUUCUGUGAGAGUUCUACUAAGCCGGGAGCGGUACCGGUGUCCGCAGC